GCAAAUGAAUUAAUAAUUUAUUUACUUGUCCAUGUACAUGUCUUUUUUUUGUCUUUUGUCUGAAUCUCUCGUCGGAAACACAGAUCUCACUCAGCUUCUUAUAGAAUCUCCGACUCGUUUCUUUGCCGGCAUCGGAUCUCUCAGAUUUCCGGAUCUUAUCCAUGAGCAGUGAAGGUUCCGCCGGAAAGGCGGCUGUUGAAGCUAAAGGAUUGAACCCGGGGUUGAUAGUGUUGCUUGUUGUUGGAGGCCUGCUUGUGACAUUCUUGAUAGCCAAUUACGUGUUGUACAUGUAUGCUCAGAAGAAUCUACCCCCAAAGAAGAAGAAGCCUCUUUCCAAAAAGAAGCUCAAGCGUGAGAAGCUGAAGCAGGGAGUCCCCGUGCCCGGCGAAUAGAUUUCAGCUUCUUUCCCUCACUUCUUCAACUGUGUCGGUACCAGUUUUCUUUUUUCUUGUAAUGACAAUGUCAAGGAGACUUUUGUAUGGAGAGUAGAAAGGACACCCUUGUUCUGUUUUGGUUAGACCUCAAAAUUUGAAUCUCUUCAACUUUUGUUUUCGCUUCACAUAUUUGGUUGCAGUUGUAGAGUCUAUCAUGUUCACUUUAACUUUAUUUGUCCAUAUAUUUUUCGGCUUUCUCGAUC